AUGCUGAUCAGUAAUGAUGAACAACAAUUGCAGUCGGUUGCUAAUCGAAUAUCUCACGAGUACAAUGUGAAAACACGAAUUGUGAUAGCGGAUUUCACAAAAGAUAAUUUUUAUGAAAUAAUCAAACUUGAAGUUGAACAACUAUCCACCAUUGCUUGUCUUGUUAAUAAUGUUGGUAUCAUUAUACCAUUCGGUUUAUUCGCUGGAGAAAUCGAGUCCCCCGAUGAACAAUCCAUUAGAAAUGUCAUUCAUUGUAACACACUGUCAACAGCAUUAAUGACAAGUAUCGUUUUACCGAAAAUGUUAACACAGAAUGGAUCAAAUCCUGGCAUCAUCAAUAUUGCAUCCUUCUGUGGUUUGAAAGUAUUUCCUUAUGCUACAAUAUAUGCCGCCACAAAAGCAUUCAUUAUUCAAUUUGCCAAAUGUCUUGCUGCAGAAAAUUAUUCGAAAAAGAAUAUUAUCAUACAAACUGUUUGUCCAAUAUUUGUAUCGACCCAAAUGAAUAAUUUUAGGAAAAUAUCAUAUUUCACACCGACACCACAAGUGUUUGCUAAAAGUGCUUUGGAUAUGUUUGGUGUAGACCAAUUAACCACUGGUUAUUUUCCACAUGAAUUGAAAGCAUUUGUCUAUAAUGUAUUGCCUACAUCAUUGUGGAUCAAAUUGAUCGAAGCUGGUGAAUGGGCAAUCGUGACUGGUGCAUCAGCAGGAAUUGGUGAGGCGUAUUCAGAAGAACUAGCUAAAGAGGGUCUCAAUCUCAUAUUGAUCAGUAAUGAUGAAGAACAACUACAGUCGGUUGCUGAUCGAAUAUCUCAUGAGUACAAUGUGAAAACACGAAUUGUUGUAGCAGAUUUCACAAAAGAUGAUUUUCACGAAAUAAUCAAAUUGGAAGUUGAACAACUAUCCACCAUUGCUUGUUUAGUUAACAAUGUAGGUAUGAUACUCCCAUUGAGUUUGUUUGCUGGAGAAAUUCAGUCCCCCGAUGAUCAAUCCAUUCGAAAUAUCAUCCAUUGUAACAUUCUGUCAACAGCAUUAAUGACAAGUAUCGUUUUACCGAAAAUGUUAACACAGAAUGGUGGAUCAAAUCCUGGCAUCAUCAACAUUGCAACCUAUGCUGGUAUGAAACCGUUUCCAUAUGCUACAAUGUAUGCCGCUACAAAAGCAUUCAUUAUUCAAUUUGCAAAAUGUCUCGCAGCAGAAAAUUAUUCGACAAAGAACAUAAUUGUACAAACUGUUUGUCCAAUAUUUGUAUCGACCAAGAUGAAUAAUUUUAGGAAAAUAUCAUAUUUCACACCGACACCACAAGUAUUUGCUAAAAGUGCUUUGGAUAUGUUUGGUGUAGACCAAUUAACUACUGGUUAUUUUCCUCAACAGUUGAAAGCAUUUGUCUAUGAUUUAUUGCCUACAUCAUUGUGGAUCAAAUUGAUCGAAGGUAUAUUCGAUCCCAGGAGAAAACGACGCAGAAAAGUUGAAUGA